AUGACAAGUUAUCGUGUUUCUACUGCAUUGUUGGCGAUCUUCCUACUGCCUUUACUCUGCAAUGUCCUUGUUGAUUGCAAAACUCUCAAGAGAGACGUGAAUGCUCUGAAUGAAGUUAAAGAAUCUUUAGGAUGGAGGGUGCUAUAUUCAUGGGUUGGUGAAGAUCCAUGUGGAGAUGAUGGUUUUCCUCCAUGGUCCGGUGUUACAUGUGAAAAUCAGGGUGGUUAUAGCGUUAUUACGGAAUUGGAAUUGUGUUCUGUGUCCAUUGUUGGUCCUUUUCCUGUUGCUGUGACAAAUUUGUGGGACCUUACUAGACUGGAUCUCCAUAACAACAAAUUAACUGGACCAAUUCCUCCUGAAAUAGGUCGUUUGAAGCAGCUCAAAAUAUUAAAUUUGAGGUGGAAUAAAUUUCAAGGUGAAAUUCCUCCUGAAAUAAGGGAACUGAAGAGUCUUACUCAUCUAUAUCUUGAUUUCAAUAACUUAAAAGGAGAAAUACCAAAAGUACUAGCCAGUCUACGAGAGCUACGUUAUCUCCAUCUUCAUGAUAAUCAAUUUGUUGGUAAAAUACCAACAGAAUUGGGCACCUUGCAGCAUCUCCGACACAUGGAUGUUGGGAAUAACCAAUUGGUGGGAACCAUAAGAGAACUCAUACGCCUAAACAGAUGCUUUCCUUCACUUCGUAACCUUUAUCUGAAUAAUAACUAUCUGACGGGUGGAAUUCCUUCACAAGUAGCAAACUUGACUAAGUUGGAGAUCUUGCGUUUAUCAUACAAUAAGAUGUCUGGUGUAAUACCUUCUGGACUUGGUCAUCUCCCAAAAUUGACUUAUCUGUAUCUUGAUCACAAUCAGUUCAGUGGGAAGAUUCCUGGUUCAAUUUAUAAGCUUCAUUCUAGUCACUUGAAGGAGAUGUACAUUGAAGGAAAUGAUUUUGGUCCUGAAGUUAAACCAAUAGGCAUACACAAAGUUCUUGAUGUUUCUGACAUGGAUUUCCUGUUUUAAUUUUAAAUUAGGAAUUGAUUUUGGAGCUAGGUUAAAGAUUAUUUAUUAGUUUUUUAGUUU